UACCUCCUGAUCUACUCCAUGCUCGUGGCAGCAGACUGGGUUCAAGGUCCUUACAUGUACCGGCUCUACCAGGCGUAUGGCUUUACCUUGGCUCAAAACGGCCAGCUCUUCAUUGCCGGCUUUGCUUCCAGCAUGGUUUUCGGCACGGUGGCGGGUACUCUGGCCGAUCGCUUUGGGCGUAAACGCGGCACAAUUUUAUACACACUAGUCUACGGCCUUUCUUGCUUGACCAAGCACGCCCGCGAUUUUCCCACAUUGAUGGUUGGCCGCAUCUUGGGAGGCCUGGCCACCAGCCUGCUCUUCACCGUGCCAGAAAGCUGGGUGGUGGCAGAGCACGGGCGCCGGCGUCUCUCGGACAGCACGUUGACCGCGCUUUUUGCCGAUAUGAGCGUGAUCAACGGUCUCACUGCCAUCGGCGCUGGUUGGUUGGCCGAGGGAGCUGUGGCUGCCGCACAGCACCCAGUUGGCGCGUUUGACCUCUCCCUGGUCCUGCUGAUCCUUGGCGGGCUGGCUGUGAGCCUGUGCUGGUCAGAAAACUUUGGUGACCAAACCGUCGGGGUUGUGGGCCAUCUGUGGGAAGGCAUGGCAACGGUCACUUCGUCACCACAGCUCUCAGCCCUCGCUGCCGUGCAGUCCAUCUUUGAGGCAGCCAUGUAUGUGUUUGUCUUCCUCUACACCCCGGCGCUGCAGCGCGUGGCUGGGCGCGAUGACUUGCCCUUUGGCACCCUCUUUGCCUGUCUGAUGGUGGCCGUGGCCAUGGGUGGGGGGCUCGCCAAGCUCCUGCUGAGUUAUGGCAAGUGGACUGCUUCCCGGCUAUUGGUGGUGGUGAUGCUGGGUGCCGCGGUGGCCUGCGCUGGUUUGGCUCUUGCCAGCUCAACUCAUCAGUUUCUCGGGGCCAUGCUUGCAUUUGAGGUGCUCGUGGGUAUGUAUUGGCCUUGUAUCAGCACGGUUCGGAGUCGCCUGAUUCCUGAGGCACUGCGUGCCACUAUUCUGAACCUGUUUCGCGUGCCCUUGAACGUCUUCGUUUGCACGGCGUUAUUGGGCAUUGACCAGUGGCCCGAGUCCGUGACGCUAGGCCUCUGUGGUGCGGCGCUGAUGGGUGGUGAGUCGCCAGCUAACGGCAUGUUUAUGCGCGGCAUCAUGCCAACUAUGAUGGGAAGGCUGUCUGGUCAAGACUGGUCAAGACUGGCGCCGUCUGAUUGCGUUGUACAAUCCUUUGGUUUGUUUGUGUGUGCUCACGCACUGCUGCCCGUUUGCUAG